AUGACCAUGCAGCUCAACUACUUGAGUGUUGAUGAGCAAGGGCUUCUCCAGCCUCACGUCUUCAAUUCCAAGACUGGAAUACACUCCAGCAUGGUCGAUGCCACCGAGUAUGCUGUGACUGAAUACGAGGACUACGCUGACUUGGCCCUCGGCAACCCCUUCGACAACAUGGCCAGUGAUGAAUAUUUCGCGCGCAGCCUUUUCCAUCCCUCUGGUCCUGUGAUGUCUGAUAAUACCGACAUCUUUGACGAACGUGAGAUCGUCUUCCACGCAAUGGAUCUGGACAUGAACCCCCUCGACAUCGUCAAUCCUCUCAAGUCUUUCCCUCCUCCCACCCCCUCCGGCUCCUCUGACAUCUUCGCCCCCUUUGAGGAGUGGAUCAAGACCCUGGUUCCGGACGGCUUGAACGUGGUGGGUGAUAUGCCCUGCGUUCCAUUUGAACAAGCCGAGGAAGAUCGGAUGAUGACCAUGGCCCGCCAGUUGUCCCUGGGUACUCGCAGCCACUCGGGGGCCUCCUCUCCCUCUCAGUCUACAUCCUCUAUCUCCGGGAUCAAUGCUGGCGGCCAUAAGCAAAAGCUGCUCUGGGGAAAGGACGGUCUGCUGGGGCUGAAGGAGGAUAUCUCCCCGAGCAAUGUCCGUCCCAAGUCGGGCCUGAUCCGGGGAAUGACCAAGAAGCUGAAGCACCAGCUUGCCGAUUUUGUCGACGAAUCCAACAAAGGGUUCAAGCGCAAGUCGUCGUUCUCGGCCGCCUCUUCGUAUGCGCCUGGAAGCUCAGCCGCCGCUCUCGCCACCUCCCUGGACUCCAUGGUUCAGGCCAAGCUCUACUCGGAGCUUGAAGUCAUGAUUUGCAACACUGCAAAUGGCUUCAUCCUCCAGCAGUACUAUGAGGGACGCAUCUCCCAGCAGUCCAUCGACAAGGUCAAUGCGGCCUGGAACGCCAAGAACAACCACCAUGUGAUUGAGUUCCGCUACGACCAAGCGACCCAGCGCGAGCUCAUAUCCUCCAACCGUCGCAACCUCGAGUUUACCGGCGACUCCUCCCGGUUCCCGAUUUGCCUGCAGACCAAUCUGCACAAUUGGAAGAAGAUCGCUCACGAGAUGGGCAUCCGCACUUUCUGCUUGCCGGAUUGCGCGAUCCGCAAGCACCUCUACGAUAUUCGCCAGAUCAUCGACAUGAUGAACCCUUCUCUGGAGACUCUUCGCGCCCUCCAAGACCUCAGCUCUUGGGCCCAUGACCAGAUGCUGGACAAGGAGACCGCCGCCCGUCGCCAGAGCGAGACUCGCCUGAAGCGAGGCUUCUAA